AUUUGCUCAGAGCCGAAGGAGUACAGGGAGUUAACACCGUGCGCUGAAGAGAGCGAUGGCAUGAACUCUUGUUGUAAUGUUUAAAGGCAAAUGGACUUUGGUAGCAUGCUAGUUUUCAGCCUGAAAAAAAUUGACGCUGUGAGCCACGGUGAUGUUUAAAGGGAAGUCUCGGAAGUUUAGUGGGCGUUACCGAAUCGCCCAGCUGUGAGUCGUGUGGUGGCCUACUUUUCUGCAUAACCAUCGCGAUGCCAUGGUGAUUUUUAUUUUUCCCUUUUAAGCAAGAACGGGAUCUGAUAAACAUUCUUUUCCGUCCAGUCGAGGGACUUUUUUUUUCAAUGCUUUUUCCCUCUCGAUCCAGUGAAGACGUUUUUCGCCGAAGGGCCGAGCCCUGAAGGCGAGCAAGCGAACGGGUUAGAAUAUUUGGCAGUGGCGGAAGUUGCCGGCUGAAGAAAUUCCGGAUGGUAGUGGCAGUGGAGAGUUGUAUCGAGGAUAGCUCCGCAUUUUCUUACUUCAGACGGUUUUAAAAUUGGAUUAUUCUCAGAAAUCUUUCAGGGAAGAAGAAUACUACUAUUAUCCGCUGGAAUAAGCAGUGACGUCCUACUAUCUCAAAUUACUGCGAUGAUCCUCAGGAUCGUUUUAUCUGUGAUAUUAACAGUGUUGAUUGCAGCUAAUUAGUUUCCUGUUAUUUAUUAUUAUCGUGUUGCCUUGCCAUCUAUGAAUUUUAUAAAUUGGCGAAAAUGCAUCCUACAUAUCAGCAUAGCCGGAACUAUUAUCGAGAUCCAGGGUACCAAGGCCGUAGAGGAAGUGGAUAUGGAAGUUAUUACGUGAAAAAGAGUAUGCCACCACGAGGACCUACCACAUCACCACCUGUUCAUCCUUCUAGUAACACUCCAAAUAUGAGCUCUCAUUCUGUCUCAGGCUCAGCUGGCACUGGGUCUGCUACUAAUUCUUCUAGUUCUUCUCACUCAGAACAGCUCAGUAAAACUAAUUUAUACAUUCGUGGCCUGACACAGAAUACAACUGAUAAAGACUUAUAUAAUUUAUGUGCACCAUAUGGGAAUAUAAUAUCUACUAAAGCAAUAUUAGAUAAACAAACCAAUAAGUGCAAAGGCUAUGGCUUUGUUGACUUUGAAUCUCCAAUUGCAGCUGAAGCAGCUGUCAAAGCAUUAGCAAAUCAAGGUGUUCAAGCUCAAAUGGCUAAAGUAUGUUAUACACGGCAACAAGAACAAGAUCCAACAAAUUUGUACAUUGCCAAUUUACCUCCAUUUAUGACAGAAUCUGAAUUAGAAGAUAUGUUAACUCCAUAUGGAAAUGUUAUUUCAACACGUAUAUUAAGAGAUCAAGGAAUGAAUUCUAGAGGUGUCGGAUUUGCACGAAUGGAUAAUCGUGAUAUGUGUGAAACCAUCAUAGGAAGAUUCAAUGGAAAAAUUCUUCCAGGAUGCAAAGAGCAAUUGCUAGUUAAGUUUGCAGAUGGAGGAAAUAAGAGGAGAAAUCAGUUCAAAAGUCAAGAACAAAGGUUAUGGCAUGAUAGAGCUGAAGGAAUUCAGUUAUAUGAUCAGAGUGCUAUAAAUCAGAAUGGUGUUGCUUCUCAACUUGUGAGUCCUAUUGGUGGUUAUCAAAGAUCAUAUUCAACACCUGUAUCACCCUAUCAACUUCAGCCUAAUACCACUUGGGUUCAUCAACCUCAAUAUAUUGUGCAGCAACCACUGACACCAAUGUUACCUUCUUCACUGGAACCAAUCCAUUAUAGUACUAUUGGAUUACCUCAAUUAACUGCACAUAUGUCUCAAUUGCAGUUGUCUGCAACAUCAUAUGUAACUGGAGCUCCCCAUGCUUUUACUGGAACAACUUCUGCACCUGGCCUCUACCCUCAAGCAGCUCAUCUUGUUCAACCAGUGCCACUUCCAGAGGAUCCAAUGAGUGCCAGUGUUCCUCCUAGUGGUACAACUGCAGGAAAUGAGGAUCCAAAUAUGUAUUCUCAGCCCUAUAACCAAUCGAAAUGAAAAUCCCAAUCAUGGACAAAUUCAUACUGAUGCAACUCUUCAUGUAUAUGAUUUCCUUGACCUUCGGACAUCUCUCAGAGUCUGAUGAUCAAGAAUCAGUCUGAUUACAUUGGUUUCUUUCCUCAAUUUCUAAAUGAUGAUGGACUUCAUACAAAGUUUAAAAAGAGAAUAUUUUUUAUUUUAUUAUUCAUCUAAAAAGCUAUUUUUUAAACCCAAAUGUUAUUUCUCGAGAUUCUCUACAUGACAUCUGUUGUCGGUUGUUGACUCGCUAAUGGAAUUUUCCUUCCCAAGAAAGACUUGUUUCAGAGAAUGAUUGCCAAUGCCUACACGCAUUCCCUACUUUUCAAGUUUAAUAUGAGUGAUUUUAUGGACACCGUAGUGAUGUAGUUUUUUAACUUAAAUAAACUGACAUUUGAAGGUUUGUGGAAUGUGGAUCCUUUUUUUAAGGAUCAUUGAUAUUUUGUUUCUUUAUAUGCACUAAAAGUUGUGUCACACUUGAGCGAAUCUGUUAAAAGUACAGGAGAGAUUUUAUUGUGACACAUGACUGACUUUUUUGUGUUGCAAGUGUAUUUUGCAGCGAAAUUCUUUUUUGUUUAAAGACAAUAAGUUUCAUGUUUUCAUGUUAAAUGUAUGUCUCAUACGGUGAUGUGAUGUGCAUUGUUCUGUCCCUUGUCUGAAAUUUAGAUUUAGAUUUUAGUUGUAGUUUUGUAGGAUUUAGAAAUGUAGGUAUUGCGUUUUUCGUACCUACACAGUGGCCUGUCAUUCUGGCUAUGAUAACUGAAGGAUACGCACGGAUUUCAAGACACUGAUUGUGACUCACAGUAAGAAUGUAUUCACUUCUCAGCAAAGUGAUUAAGUUGUUAAAAGAAGCCUUCAACGCAAGAAAAUGUGAAAUCUUGUGGAUUCGUGCCUUUUUAUGACCUGCCUCUAGUUUUCCUUAUUUGUACCUUCUUAAAUAUCAUGAUCUAGUGUUCAUCAAGAAAAAUAAAGCUGCUUUUUUUAAUUAUUUAAAAAAAUAAUUACUCAUAAAUGAAUAUGGGGGAAAUACAAUUUUUGUGGGUACUUAAAAUAUUUUUUUUUAACUUACAUUGGUGCUUUCAUCGUAACUAUGUAUGUUAAAAUGAGGAAUAGAUCUGUUUAUAGAAAACGUAAAAAGCUAGGUAAGUUUUUAACUUUGAAUAAAAUGACAGGGAAUAUCUCAAAUGAAUUACCAUUUUUGAAUUGCUUUUAAAUGCAUGCAUUGUCUUCCUUUUACACUUCUAAUUUAAAUUUUCUGUUCAUUUUAAAGAUAAAUAUUUUAUUGCUGUCCUUAAUUGUUUUUAAUUUUUACCAUAAAUUUUAACUGCAAGUGUGUGCCGUUUUUCUUUGUGCGUAUUGCUAAGAUUAAAUUGGUUUGAAUCAUUGGAAUAUCCAAUUCUAAUUAAUUAAAAUCAUUUGCUUUCUAGAGUUAAUUUCUAAUUCUAAAUUUAAAAAAAAUAAAAGUUUAUGUGUACUCUCAUUUCUAAAAUGUUAGCUCAAAUUACUUUUGUCCAGUCAUGAUUUUUUACAAGUGCCCUAUUUACCUAUCCCUCUCCCAUAAUCAGUCUUCCAAUCAAAAUUUGUAACAUUUUUCUAGAAUCAUUCAUGUAAUAUUUUAGAUUGCCUUUAAAUCAUAGUUAACCAAAAAGUGAAGUAGAUACUAUCCAUCAUUGUAGUUGGCAUUAAAAUGAUUUCUUGCAAAGAGCAUCAAUACAGAAAAAUGUGAGCUUGUUAAUAAUGCCAUUCCUAUGUUAUAAGCUGUUACAUCUGUAAGUUUGCCUCUCCCUUUUUAUUGAUACUGAUAAAUGCCAAAAUAUGAGAAGUAGAAUUAAUGGCAAAAAAUUUUAUGGAACAAAAACUUGUGCCCAUUUUGCUGUUUUAUUUUAUAGAAAUUUUAUUUAAAAAAUUAACCAUUCAGAUAUUGUCAUUGUAAGAUGUUCUAUUUAUUUACUAUGUGCUGCAGAUCAUGUGUUUGCUGCAUCAUUAUCAUGUGUUAUAUACUAAUUUAUUUUGUAUUUAAUAUCAAUAUAGCUUCUUAUAUCAUUUUGUAAUAUCUGUAAUUUUUUUAAUGAUUAGCUCAUAUCUGGGCACAAAAUUGUUGAGUUCCUAAUUUAUUCUAUAAAAAGUAAGCAAUAAGAGUAGUAUCUGUUAUGAGUAGAUAAAUGUUUAUUUUUUGUCUUAGAAAUCUGACUUUACAAGGAAUUGAAUGUUUUAAUAGUAUAAUGUUAAUAAUUAAACAUGUAAAAUCUAUUUUUGAAUUUUAGAUUUUAAUUUGGGGACUUUAUAAUGGGCAUAAAACUUUUAUUUUCUUGUAUGGUCACAUGUUGAACAUUUUUACUGGGUAUAAAUUAGUGAAUGCAAUAUAAUUCUUUUAUAUUUCCAUCAACAGAUUGCAACAUCUUUAGAUGUAAUCUUAAUGAAAUCAGUACUUUAAGAUAACUAUUGUUAAAUUUUCUUAUAUAAUGUCUUUAUUUUUUUAAAUGAUACACUCAUUGACAUUCCUGAAUUUUAUACUGAAAAAUGUUAUCUCUACAGAGUAUUUGAAUGCCUCAGUAGACAUAGAUUGAAAUUUUGUCAUGUAUGUAGUUUAAAAUUGUAUUUCUUAAUUGUAAAUUUAUUUACCAUAGUAUUGCAGUUUCAAAACCUAUGAUUCACUGUAACAUUCCAUAGCUUGGAGGGAAAAAAGUAUAUUUGUUGUGCUUGAAUACCAAAGUUUUUAUUUUCUUAAAUUUUGUGUAUUGUGUGUUAUGUGAUCUUCAGUAUAUUUGCACUCUGAAAAUAAAAUAAAAUUAUCUGCAGGUAUACAGGGUUGAUUGUGUCCCUUGAGGUUAUGAUUAAUAAUAAUGGUUAAUAUGAUCUCCUGAUUUAUUCAUAUCUGAAGUACUUAAUGGCUUAGAUAUAUUAUUUUCUAUCCUGAUUUCAUUUAGAAUUAUUAAAAGAGCAAAAUUUGAAAUUCAGAGAAGUAAAAUCUAGGCAUAAUAUAGAUUUUAAAUCAUAGUUUUACAUAAGUUAAAAAUUUAUAUACGCUUCAUAAAAGUUUUCAUUCAGAAGUACUGAAAUUUUAAAAAAAUCAUAUAUGUAGUAAAAAUAGCUAUUUUCCAUAUCAGAAAUAUGAGCUAUUUUUUCCAUAUUCAUAUUGCUUAUCUAUAAAUGAUGUUUAGAUUAAGAAUAAAUACCAUUAAGUGUGCAUUCUUCAUAGUGAAUAUGCAAGACAUGUCAUUUAAUUAAAUUAAACCAUACAUUUUAGCAAUAUAUGUUACUUCAGAAUGACCUUCAUUUUCAUAUCUGCAGGAAUUUUUUCCAUGUUUAUUCAUAUAUAUAAUUUUUCCAAUGUUAUUUAACAUCUUCAAAAUAUUUAUUUAAAUAUGUUGCAGAUAAAAGAACAAAUAAUUAUUAUUGAAUGGUAAAAUUAUAUGAAUGCUAAAACAAAAAUUUCCAAAGCUAUUAUUUUAACAGUUUGUUAGAGACAAUUAGAUUUGUAGCUUUUCUUUGAAAUUCAGUUAAUGUUCAUUUCCGGCUGCAGCCUUAACAUUUAAAAGCAAGUUCUGGAGACUACAGAGUACCUUAAUUAUAGCUGUAUGCAGUGCCUUGUGUUGAUGUAAAUCUGAGAGGGGGAUAGUUUUAUUAAGAAUAAAUACAUUUAUCUGUAUGAAUCUCUACUAGAAUGAGUCUUCAUUUCUUCAGCACUUACUGAGCCAUAAUUCAAAUAAAUUAUGUUUAAGGAUUAGCAGUCAUAUUGCAUUUCAUUAAUGAGAUAGCAUCAACUGAUUUCUGUGUAGCUUAUUAUAUGAAAUAUGCAACUUUUAAAGAUACCACUUAAUAAAUCAUUUCAGUUGAGAAAAAUAUAUCUAUUCCAAGACAUGCAAUUCACUCUUUGGAUGGUUUAAUAACAUUAUUUAUGUAAUUUUAAGUAUAAUUUCUUUUACAUAGCAUAAAUGCAUUUUAAAAUCUAAGUUUUUUUUUUUUUUUUUAAUUCUCUCAUGCAAUUAGAAAUUUUUUAGAAAUAAAUUAAGCUACUAGCAUCAAGCCCUGAUUUUGAUCGUUAUACUUCCCAUCUAAUGAUAUUUUAAAAAAAUUUACAAAAUCUCUGCUUCCAGUAUGGAUUACAUUUUGAGCAGUCUUAGCAGCAGCAACAUGUUGUAAAAUAUACCAGCUCACCAGACUGUUUUCAAUGUAGCUGUUUUUAGUAUAUUAAAUGAGAUAUUUUUCUGCAUAUCAGCUGAUCAAAAUAUGUAAAUUGACACAAGUAUGUAAAUAUAUGAAAGAAGUUAUUUUUUGUACGAAACAAAUUUAAUAUUACCAACAAAGUGUUCAUCUGAUCCAUGUGAUAUCUAGAAAUUUUUAUCAGGGGAAAAAAGUUAGACCAACCAGCUUUUCAAACACUAUUUAAAAGUGAUCAAUUUUUAUUUAUUGCAAAACUGAUAAUAUUUUAGUAAUUUUAUCAGAAUGUCAUUUAUUUCUUUAUACAACUACACAAUCAGCCCUGAAAUGCCUGAAAUUCACAAAAUAUAUUGCUGUAAAAUAAAUCGGUUCCAUUCAUGAAAAUGAAUAAUUUUUCGAAGUUUUGACUACCAGUCAGUCAUUAAUAUGCAGGGUGAAAAGAAUUAAGACGCAUUACUGAAAAACAUUGAAUUAAUUUAUCAGUUACAAACUUCUAUGCAUUUAAAUCCAAUCAUUGUUUCUUAAAUGCCUUUAAAAAUAUUCUUUACUUCUAAAAGUAUGCAGUGUUAUACUGUACUGAAAAGAUUCUCGCGUAUGCAUGAACACAGAACUGGAUAAGAUUUUCUAUUUUCAAAGUGACAUCUUAGUUCUUUAAAUUUUUUCCUUGUUAAAAUAUUUUCCGCAACUGACUGGUAAAAAUUGUAACAUGAUAAUUGCAUGUGAAUUUGUCAACAGACAAGUUUACUUACUUAACUACUCCAAAUUGUGCAGGAUUAUAGAAGGUGUGGUUAAUGCCACCAGUAAUAAAGCUUUGAGAACAAAGCUUAAACAAAUGUUACAUCAGCAACAACAAAAAAGCAUUAAAAUUUCAUGUUCAGA